AUGGCGUGGCCCUGCAUCACCAGGGCGUGCUGCAUGGCCCGCUUCUGGAACCAGCUGGACAAGGGGGACAUUUCGGUGCCAUUGGUUUUCACCAGGUACGACGUCUCGGAGAUGCAGCAUCUUCAACUGCAGCACCAACAAAAACAGCCGCAUCACCAGGCACAGGCAAGCGCGGUCGCCAUAGAAACUCAACCCGCUCACGAGGACAAGGCGGUAGCGGCUUGUGAGCACCUCGCAACGGGAACCGCUGUGUCUGAGGAGCGCGCAUGUGGUUCUGUAAUGCGCCAAGACUUUAAGCACUGGAAAGUGCGCCCUGAGCCAAGCUGUAAACCUAAGAAUGAAUAUCAUACUCCCGAGACCCCUUUUAACAACAAGACACAAUAUCAGAAGGAUUUCAAGCCAUGGCCCAUUCAGAAAAGGGACGACCAUCCUUGGAUUGCCAGGCCCAAUACCUCCAUCUCCAUCGGCGGUGACUGUGUCCAGGAUAGGUCCAAACACUACCAUGCACACGCGGAAGUUGACAGUGGGGUGGAGAAAAGCGAAAUUGCUGACAAAGUGCAAGAGAAAGAAAUUCUGGGAGGGAGUAAAAAUAACCAAACUGCAGAGGAGGAUGGUGAAAAGAAAGUUAGCAUCAAAGUGGAGCGAGAAGACGCGGCAGGGGCCAGAGGCAGGGCGGCGUUAGAUGCGCUAAACAGGCAGUUAAAACAGGAAGUUACAAUUGGCAGCUCAUACAAGACUGAGUUCAAGGCCCACAGGGAUGUGAAGCCAGUGAAGCUGAUCCGAGCCAAGUCCCAGUUCCUUCCCCCUGAUGAGAAGACCAGCCUGGAGACCAGCUAUAGCGCCACCUACAGGGGAGAGCAGGCCAAGCAGCAGCCCAAUGACAACAAGGCUGUGGACAGGAGGAGGAUACGCAGCCUGUACAAUGAGCCCUACAAAGGGCUACAAGAGACCAAGUGGGCUCCUCCUGAAGAUGGUGGGGGUUGGGAAAGAGAGCCAGGGGUCCGCACUACCCCGUCUAUGCGGACCCCAAGCCGUUUCCCUGAGCUCUGGGAGACAUGGGGCACGCCUUGCGCAGAUGGCCUGGCUGGCCACACCCCCAGCAGACCCUGGGACCAGGGCGUGUGUUUCGUGCUGCCUGUUGAGAGGUCUAACAGUGCUCCCCGAUCCAAACCCAAAAAGGCGGGCACCAGGUUAGCGAGCCAGGGGGGCAAACCUGUGAAGAAGGCUAAAGAGCAGAAGCUGCAGGGCAGCACAGCACCGCGGGGCACCAAGAAGAAGACCUUGGAGAACCAGCCCGCUGAGUCCAGGCCUGCGGAGAUGGACAAGGAGAAAAGUAAAGAGAUGAACAACAAACUGGCUGAGGCAAAAGAGUAA